AAAGUGCGACUUUGGAACAUCAAAGUUAUCACAGAGAGAGAGAGAGGGAGAGGGACGGAGGGACGGAGGGGGGAUAGAGAGAGGGAAGAAGCGGAAGAAGCAGCAGAAGACGAAGACGAACAAGACGAGGACGACCAGAGAUGGGCAGAGCUCCCUGUUGCGACAAAGCAAAUGUGAAGAAGGGUCCGUGGUCACCAGAAGAAGACUCCAAGCUGAAAGAGUACAUCGACAAGAACGGGACUGGAGGUAAUUGGAUCGCUCUUCCUCAGAAAGCAGGUCUAAAAAGGUGCGGGAAAAGUUGCAGGUUGAGGUGGCUCAACUAUCUGAGGCCCAACAUUAAGCAUGGAGAAUUCACUGAUGAGGAGGAUAGAAUAAUAUGCACCCUCUAUGCUAAUAUUGGAAGCAGGUGGUCAAUUAUAGCAGCUCAGUUGCCAGGCAGGACGGACAAUGAUAUUAAGAACUACUGGAACACCAAGCUCAAGAAGAAGCUCAUGGGCUUGCUUCCUCCAUCUAAUCAUCAGAUCAGGAAACCUCCAGCAUUAUUUCAAUCCUCUCAUCAUGAUCAAAACCCACCAUUUACUUCUCAGUCAUCCUACAGAGACUUCAGCUCUUGCUACCCUUGCCCAUCAUCAACCAUAUCCUUCACCGGCCUCGAGUCAACUGCUGUUGUGCCUUCAACUUACAACACAACUUCAUCGCCGACCACCAAUUUUCCGUAUUUUCAAAAUCAAGAGGUCUCCUUGGUUAGUGGCCCAAUGCAAUACUACUGCAUGUUUGGAAGUGAAGGAAGUUGCAGCACUUCGUCUGAUGGAAGCUGCAGUCAAAUCAGCCACGGCAGAGGAGACGUCAAACAAGAAGAAAUGGGUUUUCAAUUCCAUCAACACAGCUACAUGGCCAAUGGUGGAGGUGGGCUUGAGUUCGGCAAUAAGUUCAUGCCCGGAGGUGAAAGUAUUAUUAACCAGUGGACAGAGAAGCCGAGUGGGUACUCGGGGCAAACCCCAUUGAUGGAUUAUGGAAUUGAGGAGAUAAGGCAGAUGAUCAGUGGUAAUAAUGGGAUGUUUAAUAAUAUUGAGGAAAACAAGAGAGAGGAGAAGGGGAUGAUGUACUACUACUACUGAUGAGUCUCUGAGCGCAACUGAUGAGUGACUGGAAGUAGUAAAAUCAGAAAGAUAUGAUGGGGUAAGGGAGGAGAGAUUUCAGAAAAGACUUUGAGUUUUUGGGGUUUUGUGUGGGUGUGUGUUGAUGAAAUCAAGCAUUUCUUAUUAUUGCGACAGUACAUGGUAAUACCCUUGGCUCUUUAAUUUGUGUGUAUAUCCUCUCGAAUCUGUGACCGUGACAAUGAUGUUAGAUUUUUGUAACUAUUUCUCUUUUGCGCAA